GUUUUUAAAGCUGUAUAGUUAUUGUGCCUGGUCUUGAGUUUAGUCAAGCAUAUCGAUGUUUCUAGUGAGAAAGAAGAUGGCGUAGUCUAAACCUUGCAAUGUUAUUCUAAUGCAACUGCAUCUAGGUCUAUUGACAGGGUGUUACUCCAAAUGAAUUCAACUGUUCUAACGAAUUCUACAGCAGGUAAGCAUGAGACUCAGAUAUCGGAAAGCGGAGAGUCCGACCUGCAUAAACAUCUUGCUAACUGUAAGAAAAACCCAGGUCAUACGCAGUUUAUUCCUUUUACACAAUUCAACAUUACAGAUCUACCUGAAGAUAGUCGUGACGUAGAUCUGUAUGAACUAAUCAAAGCUACAGCUGACCUGACUGUUAGAAUUGGUGUUAACAAGGUUAGCCCAGACAGGCCAGAGUUUUGGCCAAACACACAGUUUAAUUAUCCUUUCUAUGAUAUUCGAGGAAGCAACAUUUUGAGAACUGGCAGUGGACUGAUAACUGUGUAUAAAUUCGUAGAUGGAUCUGGGUAUGAUGGACACGAAAGUAAUUAUCAUGUUCUUACUGGAAAGAAACUAGAGAGAAAUUACAAAACCUGUCCCUGUGAUAAAUGUCAACAGUCAGAGAAACCCAGCAAAAUUUGGUGGGAAAUAUUGAUCCACACAGCCACACAUGUGGUUUUUGAUGACACUGAGGCCAGUCAUACGACUUGUAGAUUGUUUUAUGAUGACAAAGAUAGCCCGGUGGUCAUUCUGGAUAAGGUCAGUGUUGAUUAUGUAAACACUGAGAGAGACAAAUGUAGAUUAAAGUAUGUUGUAUGCGAUUACACACUCGGAGAUAAACUUUAUAACAUGGUAAAACUGUGGUGUGAGCUUUUAAAAAAAGUCUGGAAAAAAUACAUUAAUAGAUCCGAGCUAAUGUUUAUAGUGUCACACCCACAUGGAUGUUUCAAACAGGUGAGUGUUGGUCGGUUGGUUGACAAUAACAAGGUGAGUGACUAUAACUCAAUUUACAAUUUGACAACAUUGACCUACACUGCAAGCACAUGUCCAGGAAGUAGCGGCGCUCCGGUUUACUGUGUCGGGUUGGGUGCCACCCAUGUUCAUUGUGGAACUUUAGACUUAAAAGUUAAUUACAGUGGCGUUGGUUACUAUAUGAAACAAACCACUGUGUAAAACAAUAUUUCGGGGUUAUUCAAAUGUGUAUUUCAUUCUUUCAUCUCUAGUGUUUAAAUAUUUGUAACUUUAGUUGGUAAAUCUCUCUCUAUAUAUAUAUAAAUAUAUUAUACCAUCCAUGGCGCGAAGGGGUUCAAUGAACCCGGACCCACGCCCAUUAGGGGCCCACUGCCAGUGGUGUAGCAACAAUGGCGCAAAGGGUUGAUUGCACUUGGGUCCUAACUCUUAUUCAGUUGAGGCCCACGUGAGAACUUAUAGACGACAAAAAAAAAAUUGCACUUCUGUAAAAAUUAAUUCCAUAUUAGAAUCUGAAAAGUUCCCUAGAAAUCUCCAAAACGUGGCACGAAACUUUAUAUUAGUUUGAAAACAUUAACCAUGUGUUUGAAAACAUUAACCAUGUGUUUGAAGACAUUAACCAUGUGUUUGAAGACAUUAACCAUGUGUUUGAAGCUAGAGUUAACAUACCAGCAGCUUGUAGUAUUUAAAUGUAAGGAACUGUUCUCCAUCAGGUUUAAUGUCAUGGUGUUCAGCCCUAAGUUUACGAGGGGACUAUUGUUGCCAGUUCGUCCCCUUUGUUUUCCAUGUAUGUUCAUAAACCAUUGCUAGUAUUAAUAGGCUGGUAUUAGACUGAAUGGAGUGGGAGGAAGAGAGUUGGAUGUAGAAACUAUGAAUGUGAUGUACAGACAAAUAAGGAAAGGGGGACUAACAGUGACAAUUAGGUCCAGUGAGGUAGUCCUGAUGGUCCAAGAAUUAAUAUUUCGACACAUCUAUUAAUUAUUCAAUUUUUUAAAAAGCUUAAUCUGUUUCUUUUAUUUUCCGUAUUUAAAAUACGUAAAUUUAUAUAUUUUUUUAAAAAUGAGAUGCAAAUGUUCGCAAUUGUACUAAGUCUGAGAUCUUAACAGACUUAAGAAAUUUUAUUUAAAAAUUAAUCCAAUCCGAGAAAGUUUAUACUGUGAAGUCCUAGGUAGUGUAAGUCUUCGUCAUAUUGUUUUGUUGUCUUCUGUAUUAUGUUAAACAUGUUUCCAACAGAAUAAAAGGAUCAUUAAAUAUUAAGCAAGCAAAAGAAACAUCGUAGGUCUCGUGCUUGUGCUAUUACAAUGAACGGCGAAACCGAAUCGGAGAGCAGGUUUAUAACCAAGAUCUAGAAGAUAGAUAGAUGUCCAAAUUAAUCAUGGAAAAGUAUGGAGUAUUAAA